AUGAGCGCAGCGUUCCCGCCGUCGCUGAUGAUGAUGCAGCGCCCGCUGGGGAGUAGUACCGCCUUCAGCAUAGACUCGCUGAUCGGCAGCCCGCCGCAGCCCAGCCCCGGCCAUUUCGUCUACACCGGCUACCCCAUGUUUAUGCCCUACCGGCCGGUGGUGCUGCCGCCGCCGCCGCCGCCGCCUCCCGCGCUGCCCCAGGCCGCGCUGCAGCCCGCGCUGCCGCCCGCGCACCCUCACCACCAGAUCCCCAGCCUGCCCACCGGCUUCUGCUCCAGCUUGGCGCAGGGCAUGGCGCUCACCUCCACGCUCAUGGCUACGCUGCCCGGAGGCUUCUCCGCGUCUCCCCAGCACCAGGAGGCGGCGGCCGCCCGCAAGUUCGCGCCGCAGCCGCUGCCGGGUGGCGGCAACUUCGACAAGGCUGAGGCGCUGCAAGCCGACACUGAGGACGGCAAAGCCUUCCUGGCCAAGGAGGGCUCGUUGCUCGCCUUCUCCGCGGCCGAGGCGGUGCAGGCGUCGCUCGUCGGGGCUGUCAGAGGGCAAGGGAAAGACGAGUCAAAGGUGGAAGACGACCCGAAGGGCAAGGAGGAGAGUUUCUCGCUGGAGAGCGAUCUGGACUACAGCUCGGAUGACAAUCUGACCGGCCAGGCGGCUCACAAGGAGGAAGACCCCGGCCACGGGCUGGAGGAGGCCCCGCCGAGCGGCGGCGCCGCGGGCAGCACCACGUCCACGGGCAAGAACCGGCGGCGGCGGACUGCCUUCACCAGUGAGCAGCUGCUGGAGUUGGAGAAGGAGUUCCACUGCAAAAAGUACCUGUCGCUGACCGAGCGCUCGCAGAUCGCCCACGCCCUCAAACUCAGCGAGGUGCAAGUGAAAAUCUGGUUCCAGAACCGCCGGGCCAAGUGGAAACGGGUGAAGGCUGGCAACGCCAAUUCCAAGACAGGGGAGCCCUCCAGGAACCCCAAGAUCGUCGUCCCCAUCCCCGUCCACGUCAGCAGGUUCGCGAUCAGAAGUCAGCAUCAGCAGCUGGAGCAGGCCCGACCCUGAGGGCCCAGGGAGAGCCAGGGCCUGGACCGCCGUUGGAGAAGCUACAGCUCUGGAAGGAAACCACGGUGGCCUCUGCCAUGUUUGAAGCAAAACUCAAAGUCACCCCCCCCCCCACACACACACACCCAACUUUGGACAUCCCAAGCACACUGAGAGUAUAUUCAUUCAGAAGGCUGAAGACUGCUUUCGAAGGGACUACAGCUGUACCUGAUGACACAGUAAAUAUUUAUUAUACUAUCCUACUUUGUACAUAGAUAUCUAUAUAAACUGGAUCUCAGCUGCAGUAUUUUGAAAGUUAGAGGACCAAACUGCCCUGUAAUAUUCUCCACUCACAUUCCAGAAGAAAACAGAACCUCUGCUGUAAUCCUCCACGGAUAGCAGCCACCUUUCCAUACUUUUCCAAAGGUAAACAUAACACUGAAGAACAAA